GGAUGAGGCCAAGACUUUUUGAACGAUGAAAAGUGGGUUGGAAAACAUUAGCGAGGGAAACAAAGGGACAGGAAACAUCUUGCUGUUGUUGGUCGCGAGCUUUUGGACAAGUUUAUAGUUCAUUUCCAAAUAUCCUGGCACUUUUGUGAGGUUUCCGACAUCAUGUCUCAUAAACAGAUAUACUACUCUGACAAAUAUGACGAUGACAAAUACGAAUACAGACAUGUAAUGCUACCAAAAGAGAUCGCUAAGCGUGUGCCCAAGACCCAUCUGAUGACGGAGACGGAGUGGAGGAACCUCGGGGUCCAGCAGAGUCAAGGAUGGGUUCAUUACAUGAUCCAUCAGCCAGAACCACACAUUUUGUUAUUCCGACGCCCUCUACCCAACCCAAAAUCAUAAAGGAGGUUCUCUAGGUCCUGCAAAGAUCAGUCCUUGUGUGCCCUGGAUCCGCUGACCACAGAAGAUGUUCCGCUGCCAGACAAAGGUGUAGUGACGGGAUCGUUGGACUGAUCAUCCUGGACUUGGAGACUGGACUUUAACAUUUACGAACAAUGGUUGUGGAGUUGUACGCGUUGAGGAAAUGACCACCCUUGUCUUGGUGCAAGGACGUCUGUGGAAAUAUGUCUGCCAGAAACUUUUGAUCAAACCCACCUGUCACACUUGCUGAACUUGUGUAUAAAAAAGAAAAAAUUCCAACUUUUUAGAGUGAUAGAAAAUGUGAGAAGUGAAAGUUCUACACGAGUUAAUCUUCUAGUGCAUCGCGCCAGAACGAAACCAGAGGAUCUUGAAUUUGGUUUGACUCUGGAACAUUGCUCUGCGGUUUUGAGUGACAUGUUGCUGCUUGAUUUAAAUGACACUGUAAAAAUAGGCAUUUAAUGAUAUUGUCAUGCUCACGAGAAUCUGCAUCCGAGUCCUUUUUCAACUAAUUUAAUUUCUGUUAAACCAGUUUUUCAUCUCGAAAGAGUUGUCAUAGGAUCUGGAGGCACUAAUGAGCUGCUCAGUAUUUAUGUUGCCCUUUCUGAAAUAAAUAGACGUUUUUUUUAAAUCUGGAA